GGCGUCGGGGAUGGCUCUGUGGCCGCGGGGCCUGUAGCUGGGGGUCCUCUCCCGCCUCCCGGUUCGCGUCCCCGGGGCCUGCUUCUGGCCCCAAGCCCGGCCCGGCCCGCUCCGGGUGAGAAGACGGCGGCGGCGACACUCUGCUCGCCGCCAUGCACGACGCCUUCGAGCCCGUGCCGAUCCUAGAAAAGCUGCCUCUGCAGAUCGACUGCCUGGCUGCUUGGGAGGAAUGGCUUCUCGUUGGAACCAAACAAGGACAUCUUCUUCUAUAUAGGAUUCGGAAGGACGUUGGCUGCAACAGGUUUGAAGUGACACUAGAGAAAUCCAAUAAGAACUUCUCCAAAAAGAUUCAGCAGAUCCAUGUGGUUUCCCAGUUUAAAAUUCUGGUCAGCUUGUUAGAAAACAACAUUUAUGUCCAUGACCUAUUGACAUUUCAACAAAUCACUACAGUUUCAAAGGCAAAAGGAGCAUCACUCUUCACAUGUGACCUCCAGCACACAGAGACUGGUGAGGAGGUGUUGCAAAUGUGUGUGGCUGUGAAAAAGAAGCUGCAACUCUAUUUCUGGAAAGACAGAGAAUUUCAUGAACUGCAGGGGGACUUUAGUGUGCCAGAUGUGCCCAAGUCCAUGGCAUGGUGUGGAAAUUCUAUCUGUGUGGGUUUCAAGAGAGACUACUACCUAAUAAGGGUGGAUGGAAAGGGGUCCAUCAAAGAGCUCUUUCCAACAGGAAAACAGCUGGAGCCCUUAGUUGCACCCCUGGCAGAUGGAAAAGUGGCGGUGGGUCAGGAUGAUCUCACCGUGGUGCUCAAUGAGGAAGGAAUCUGCACACAGAAAUGUGCCCUGAACUGGACAGACAUACCUGUGGCCAUGGAGCACCAGCCUCCCUACAUCAUUGCAGUGUUGCCUCGAUAUGUGGAGAUCCGAACAUUUGAGCCAAGGCUUCUGGUCCAGAGCAUUGAAUUGCAAAGGCCCCGCUUUAUUACCUCAGGAGGAUCAAACAUCAUCUAUGUCGCCAGCAAUCAUUUUGUUUGGAGACUUAUUCCUGUUCCCAUGGCAACCCAGAUCCAACAGCUUCUCCAGGACAAGCAGUUUGAAUUGGCUCUGCAGCUCGCUGAAAUGAAAGAUGAUUCCGACAGUGAAAAGCAGCAACAGAUCCAUCACAUCAAGAACUUGUAUGCCUUCAAUCUCUUUUGCCAGAAGCGUUUUGAUGAGUCCAUGCAGGUCUUUGCUAAACUGGGCACAGAUCCUACCCACGUGAUGGGCCUGUACCCAGACCUGCUGCCCGCAGACUACAGGAAGCAGCUGCAGUAUCCAAACCCACUGCCUGUGCUCUCAGGGGCUGAGCUGGAGAAGGCUCACUUAGCUCUGAUUGACUACCUGACACAGAAACGAAGCCAGUUGGUAAAGAAGCUGAAUGACUCCGAUCACCAGUCCAGCACCUCCCCGCUCAUGGAAGGCACUCCUACUAUCAAAUCCAAGAAGAAGUUGUUGCAAAUCAUUGACACGACCCUGCUCAAGUGCUACCUCCAUACCAAUGUGGCUCUGGUGGCCCCCUUGCUGCGCCUGGAGAAUAAUCACUGCCACAUCGAAGAAAGUGAGCAUGUGCUGAAGAAGGCUCAUAAGUACAGUGAACUGAUCAUCCUGUAUGAGAAGAAGGGGCUCCAUGAGAAAGCUCUGCAGGUGCUGGUGGACCAGUCCAAGAAAGCGAACUCCCCUCUGAAAGGCCAUGAGAGGACAGUGCAGUACCUGCAACAUCUGGGCACAGAAAAUCUGCACCUGAUUUUUUCCUACUCAGUGUGGGUCUUGAGAGACUUCCCGGAGGAUGGCCUGAGGAUAUUUACUGAAGAUCUCCCAGAGGUGGAGGCCCUCCCACGAGACCGAGUGCUCGGCUUCUUAGUAGAGAAUUUUAAGGGUCUGGCUGUUCCUUAUCUGGAACACGUCAUCCACGUUUGGGAGGAGACGGGCUCUUCGUUCCACAACUGCCUGAUCCAGCUGUACUGUGAGAAGGUGCAAGGUCUCAUGAAGGAGUAUCUCCUGUCCUUUCCUGCAGGGAAAACUCCAGUCCCUGCUGGAGACGAAGAGGGUGAGCUGGGAGAAUACCGACGGAAACUCCUCAUGUUCUUGGAAAUUUCCAGCUACUAUGAUCCAGGACGGCUCAUCUGUGACUUCCCUUUUGAUGGCCUCUUAGAAGAACGUGCCCUCCUGCUGGGACGCAUGGGGAAGCAUGAGCAAGCGCUCUUCAUCUAUGUCCACAUCCUGAAGGAUACAAGGAUGGCUGAGGAGUAUUGCCACAAGCAUUACGACCAAAACAAAGAUGGCAACAAAGAUGUAUAUCUGUCCCUGCUGCGGAUGUACCUGUCGCCCCCCAGCGUUCACUGCCUGGGGCCAAUCAAGCUAGAACUGCUGGAGCCACAAGCCAACCUCCAGGCCGCCCUGCAGGUCCUCGAGCUGCACCACAGCAAACUGGACACGACCAAGGCCAUCAACCUUCUGCCAGCAAACACUCAGAUUAAUGAAAUACGCAUCUUUCUGGAGAAGGUUUUGGAAGAAAAUGCACAAAAGAAACGGUUCAAUCAAAUACUCAAGAACCUUCUCCAUGCGGAGUUCCUGCGGGUCCAGGAAGAACGGAUUUUACACCAGCAGGUGAAGUGCAUCAUCACGGAGGAGAAGGUGUGCAUGGUGUGCAAGAAGAAGAUUGGAAACAGUGCAUUUGCAAGAUACCCCAACGGAGUGGUCGUGCACUACUUCUGUUCCAAAGAGGUAAACCCGGCUGAUACCUGAGCCAGCAUGCCAAGGAUUCAGCAGAUGGACAGCUUGGUGAUCCCAGAGAAGGGAUGAAGCACCCCGCCUUAGGAAUUGGGAGCUGCUGCCACUACCAGGUGUCUCCCCACAUGAACACUACUGGCUCCCUUGUGCCCUGGAGUAUCUCUGAAUUCACAGACUCGUGGUCUGGCAUCGUCAGCUUUUUCAUAGAAAAAGAGAUUAGUUAUACUUUAUAUGCCAUUAUGCUGCAGGCAAUUCCAGAGAAUUUAAUACCUGCUUGGACAGGAGGAGGUGGGGAAAGCCACCAUCUUGCCUUUGCGUACCGGAAUAAGGAAACUCUCAACUAUAUGUAACCCCAGGGUUGUUUAUCGAGAGUUUUCUAUCAGGAUCCACGAGGGAUUUCACAGGGAGUCCUCCUCAGAGCUGACUGGAGUUCUGUGAAUAGCGCCUCCCUCGAGCUCCACUAGUUGUAAAGGCCAAACAGCUUGUCCUCUUGGUGACCACAGUGAUUUCUCCACAGCAGCUGGGCCCUGUGUCUCCGCAGUGGUCUUCCCACUGAUCUGUUCUUUAGUCUUUUUUUUCUUUUCUUACUAUUUAUUUUCUUUCUCUCUUUACUGCUCUACCCAGGCUUUCUCUCCCACUUCCCUGACAUGGGGAAUAAUUAAUGUAUAACAAGGUAAAAUGAGAAGCAAGAGGAAGUCUCAGUUUCUACGACUGCAGUGAUAAUUGAUUAUCUGGUAUGUUGUAAAUAGGUCCUCCUUGGUCCGUGCGCGCUACCCCUAGAAGCCCAGGAGAGUGGCACUCUUGGUCUCCCCCGGGGCUGAGUGUGAGGGGAGCUGUAAGGACAGACGCACCAAACUGGGCAUCUGACCUCAUAGGCAGACAUCCUACUCCUGCUUCGCCCUCCAGCUGCCCGUGGCAACUUGGGUUAGUCUGUAAGUGGAGUGUUCGGCGCUCUGAGUGCCUUUCUCCUCCAGCCAGUACUUGGCGCUAACUUACAGCGUGGCCUGGCUGUCACUGUCCAGCUUUGUUUGGUGGAGGCUGGGGGAUUUGUGAUGGGAUAUUGUAGGGAGGCAGAUCUCUGCUACAAAUCAGAAGCUGACAAGGACAUAUCAGGCGUGCUUGCGAGCUGCUUGGGGGCAGGUCGGAGACAGGAGAAACUGUGGCCCAUGGGUGAAUGAAAUAACCCACUGCCAGAUGUGUUCAGAGUGUGUGUGUAUGUGUGUGCACGUGUGCGCAGGGACACACAUACACAUGCACCCUGCUUCCCACAGGAUCCCCAAGAGGCAUUGGGAGAGUAUCUUCUAUACAGACUGAGAGCACACAGGCAGAGCAGCCCUGCACACUGUCCUCCCUGGGGUUUUGCAGACUCACAACCUUGUUGCCCUGGUGUCUGUAACAGUAGUGAGUUUGGGUGACUGACAGGGUGUGACGCUGUUUUAGUGGCCUGUCCUUGACAUGCCGUGGACCUCUUUAAAUUGCAGACUGUGCUAUGUGGGGGCCUGUCUUAUAGAGUGACUUGCUGGUGUAAGUAGACUGGGCCCCUCUUGGGCACAUGAGGGGCGUCUAAAGGGAUAGACUAAGUGCCAUCAGCAUCCUUCACACAGAGGGGGUGCUCUGCUCAGGUUUGGGAGGCCAACCAGCACUUCACCAGAGCCUUACCGGCCACAGCUGCCCCCAAGAAGCAGUGCUAUGCUUGGCCCUGUUAGCACAGGCUGGGACCGAGCUUCCUCGGACAGCAGUAGACUCCUCAGGCCGACCCUCAGCUGUGCAGCAGAACCUGUCCCCACACACAAGCCCUGCCUUCCCGGCGUACUGUGUUUGUGUGUUCCACUCCUGCUCCCUGUGCAGCACAUAGGUUUGAAGCAAUAGAAUAAAGAAUGUGUGCUUUCUGGAAUGCAUAUCUGGAAUGCAUAACGACAUGAUGUGAAACUGGAAUACAUGCAUAACCCGGUUUUCCAGCACUCCUUCCCUAGAUGCUCUUUGCCCUCCGCAGCGGUGUGGCGAAGGCGGGAGAUGAAAAGCUGUAUCGAGGAUGAAUGGAGAUUUCUCUAAUAAACAUCACAAAGUAAGAAUCCAAGUCAAUUUGAGUCUCUUUUUUUUCCCCUUU